UUCAUACAGCAAUGACGUAAUCCUAAUAGUUACCUAGAAUAAUUUGUGAUUCGACUGGAAGGUGGCUUGGUUAUGUUUGGCAGAUACGAACUUCUGUCAACAUAGCAAAAAAAUGGGUUUGUUUGGCAAAUCUCAGGAAAAGAAUCCGAAAGAAAUGGUUCAAGAAUGGACACAUAAAUUAAGGAAAGAAGGCUAUCAAAUGGAUAGACAGGUUAGAGCAAUUCAGCGAGAGGAAGAAAAGGUAAAACGUUCUUUAAAAGAAGCAGCAAAAAAGGGUGACAAGGAUGUCUGUAAAAUUCUAGCAAAGGAAAUAAUACGUGCACGUAAAGCUUGCAACAAGCUUCACACGUCAAAGGCACAAAUGAAUUCUGUUUCGUUGCAAAUGAAGAAUCAAUUAGCAACGAUUAGAGUUGCUGGUUCAGUCCAAAAGUCCACAGAGGUGAUGCAAGCAAUGCAGUCAUUAGUAAGAGUACCAGAAGUAGCAGCGACAAUGAGAGAAUUGUCAAAGGAAAUGAUGAAAGCUGGUAUUAUUGAAGAAAUGUUAGACGAAACUAUGGAAUCUGUGGAAGAUUCUGAAGAAGUAGAAGAUGAAGCAGAUGAGGAAAUUGAUAAAAUUUUAUGGGAAGUAACUGCAGGUCAAUUAGGUACAGCUCCUGCAGUUGUUACAGAAGCACCAGGAUCUGUUGUAGCAUCUACUUCUGCAGAAGAAGAAACUGAAAAAGUAGAUGAUAAGGAACUUGAAGAAAUGAAAAUGAGACUACAAAGUCUCCGUAGUUAGGUGUAAUAUAUAAAUAAUUCAUUUGCAUUGACUUUAAAAUCAGCUUGUACUUAUUGGACAUAUACAUACAUAAUGUACAAAUACAGUGAAAUGAAUGCCUACCAUAUUUUAAUAACAUUUCUUAACAAUAUCUAAUCAAUGCUUUUAUAUUAAAUAGUCAAAAAAAAAAUAAUUAUUAUAAGAAUGAAAACAAAAAUUUUUAUUUCAUCUACACAGCUUUCAUAUCCAGCUUUUAUAAUCUGUGCGUGAUUCGUAGGCUGCCACUAUAUUUCAACUACAUGCGAAAGUCAUAAAUACAGAGAAGCUGGCUUCUCGAUUGUAUUAUGUUGAAAGAUAUUCUUAAUUUAAUUACAAUCACCAAAAUCUUGUAUUAAUUUGUGUUAUAUAUACAAUGGUUUUUAUUGUUA